AUGGCUCCCCAUACCAUCGCCGACCACGUCGAGCUGCGCGAUAGCCGCGUCGAUGUCGCUGCCGUCAAGGCCAAGGCUGCCUCCAAGCAGGCGGAGGUGAACGGUGCUGCAGAACGCCCUCCUGUGGCAGACGAUUACAUGUACGACUUUAAGUACAACCACCCUCUGCCAACCACCGACGUGCUCGGGAUCGAAAUCCCCCAGGAAUGCGACACGCAGGCUGAAGCCGAGCGCAUCGUCAAGCGGCUUUCUGACGCUCUAGGGGCUGGAGACGCCGUUCGCUUUGCGGAUAUUUUCCUCGAGUCCGGUGUGUGGCGCGACAAGCUUUCCUUCACCUGGGACCAACGAACCUUCAACUUCCGCCCUGCAAUUCUGAAGGCUGCCCAGGAAAUCCUUCCAACUACGAAAGCGUUCAACUUUGCCUUCCUCAAACCGGCUCCUACAAUUGACCGGCCUUACGAUGACUUCGCGCAGUUGCAGUUUGUUGUGUCGUUCGAGACAGGGCUCGUCGUCGCUUCGGCCGUCAUCAAGGCCGUCCUCACCAAGGAUGGCUGGAAGAUCUACACGAUGCACACAGUCGCCGAGCAACUCAAGCAAUUCCCGGAGCGGGCUCCUGCCGACGGCCAUAUGACCGGGACUGUUAGCUGGGAGACGCAGCGCGCGAUGGAGGUCGAUGCGGCGGACCCAGAGGUUUUGAUCAUUGGCGGUGGACAGAACGGUCUUGCGUUGGCUGCGCGGUGCAAAGCAAUCGACCUCGACUGCCUUAUUGUCGAGCGCGAUGAGGAGAUCGGAGAUGUCUGGAAGAAGAGAUACGAGUAUCUCUCUCUUCACUUCCCUCACUGGGCAGACGAUUUGCCCUUCUUCCGUUACCCGAAACACUGGCCCACGUAUACCCCUGCGCAGAAGCAGGGCACAUACAUGGGGUGGUACGCUUCCGCACUGGAACUAAAUGUUUGGACCAAAUCAACCGUCACCCACGCCGAGCUAGACGACCAUGGCAAAUGGACGGUGAAGAUCAAUAAGGGCGGCAAGGACACCAGGAUUUUGCACCCUAUGCACGUCGUCAUGGCCACUUCCCUCUGCGGCGUCCCAUAUACACCGAAUAUACCUGGAAUGGACCAAUUCAAGGGUGGUAAAAUUCGUCACUCCUCUGCUCACGACAGCUCUCGUGACUUUGUCGGCAAGAAGGUCUGCGUGGUCGGCACCUCUUCCUCGGGCUUUGACACUGCUUUCGACUGUUCCCGCCGCGGUAUUGACGUGACCCUCCUUCAGCGCUCGCCCACGUAUAUCAUGUCUCUCACACACUCUGUUCCUCUCCUGCUUGGUGGCUUUGCUCCGGACGCCGAGGGCAACCGUCGCGAUCCCGAGGAGCACGAUCGCAUCUUUUUCUCCACCCCCGUGGGACCCGGCGAGGAGCUUGCUCGGCGUAACGCCAAGGUGCUCGAAGACCUUGACAAGCCUUUGCUGGAGGCGCUCAACGCGCGAGGUCUGAGGACAUGGCGUGGCCAGAGGAACACUGGUAACAGCACCCUUGGCCAGACGAGGAACGGUGGCUUCUACUUCGACGCCGGCGCCUGUGAGCACAUCAUAGAUGGCAAGAUCAAGGUCGAACAGGGCUACAUCAAGCGCUUCACAGAGAACAAGGUCAUCCUCAGCGAGGGGCGUGAGCGUGAAUUUGACUUGAUCGUCUUCGCGACGGGAUUCUCCAACUUGAACGACUCGAUUCGCGACACCCUGGGCCCCAGGAUUGCUGACCAGGUUGGUCCCGUCUGGGGUAUUGAUGAGGAAGGCGAGUACAGGAAUGCUUUCAGAGAGACUGGGGUGUCCAAACUCUGGAUCAUGGUCGGCUUUCUGCCCAUGACACGUUACCAGUCAAGGGUGCUGGCUCUUCGAUUGAAGGCACUGAAGGAAGGCAUAUCGCCUCCCCCAUACAAGGCAUAA